AUGGCUCGCCCGUAUGAUAAGGCCAUAGCCGACAUCGCACACUACGUCUUCCACUUUAAACUCGACCAGGGCGACGAAACGAUAUGGGAACGGGCUCGAAUGGCACUUCUUGAUGCAUUGGCAUGUGCGAUUGAGACCGCAGCAACAAGCCUGGAAGCUAGGACUUUGAUCCGGCCACUUAUUCGGGACACGAUCAUCUCCGGUGCGUUUCAAGUGCCGGGGACAGGUUUCAAAGUCGAUCCUAUCGAGGGGGCUUUCGAUUUGGGGGUUUUGAUACGGUAUCUCGAUCAUAAUGAUGCACUAGGAGGGGCAGAAUGGGGCCAUCCGUCAGAUAACCUAGCAGCCAUUCUUCCCGUUAUGGAUUGGUUAUCUCGCGCUUCGAUAUCGGGUCGUUCUGGGCAUACGGGACCGCCUGUGACAAUGGCUACCUUGCUUGAAGCAUUGAUCAAAGCGUACGAGAUACAAGGCUGCUAUCAAAUGCAGAAUGCAUUCAAUGAAUAUGGAAUUGAUCAUGUUGUAUUGGUGAAACUGGCCUCUACCGCUGUUGUAUCCUGGCUGAUGGGCUUGACGGAGGAACAAAUUAUGGCUUCCAUCUCUCAUAUCUGGAUGGAUGGGCAUCCGACCCGGGUCUACCGCUCUAAAACCAGCACGACUCCACGAAAAGGGUGGGCCGCGGGUGAUGCCGCUCGCAGAGCUGUGCAGAUCGCCCUGUAUGUCAGGGCGGGCCAGCCCGGGGCCCCAGAGGCAUUGACUGCAAAGCCAUGGGGGUUUUUGGCUCGAACAUUUGGUGAACGUGGGUUCGAAUUUUCCAGGCCAUUUGGAACGUGGACUAUUCGAAAUGUUUUCUUCAAAACGAUGCCAGUCGAGGGUCAUGGUAUUUCAGCGGUGGAAGCAGCUCUCUUGCAGCGCCAGAAGAUAGUAGACCAAGGGUUAUCCGAGCCAGCGAAGCAUAUCGAACGUCUCGAGUUGCGUACCUCUGAAGCGGCCAACCUGAUUAUCAACAAAGCUGGGCCCCUGCAAAAUGCCGCAGAUCGAGACCAUUGUAUUCAGUAUGUUGUGGCGCUGUCUUUCCUGAAAGGCAGUGCUCCAGAAGCAACCGAUUACUCUGAUGGAAGCCCGUGGGCAGUCAGUGCUGAGUUGGCACACCUCAGGCGCAAGAUAAGUGUUCACCCUGAUCCACAGCUCACCCGGGGUUAUUUGGAUUUGGACAUAAAGAGCAUUGGCACAGGGUUGACAGUCGUCCUUGUAGACGGCACAGUGCUUCCAGAGGUUCUGGUCGAGUACCCGAUCGGCCAUGUGCGAGACACCCGAACCAAACAAGCGUUGCAGAAGAAAUUCAUGCACAAUAUGGCAUAUCUGUUUUCAGAGACAGAGAUAACCCACAUAUUGCAUGCGGUUGAGAACAUGAAUACACCGGUCAUACACUUGGUGGACUUGCUUGCUCGGCCAGUGGCCAAAGGGAGACUGUAA